AUGGACUUGUACAUCCGACCACUAUCACUCAAUGAUCUUGAUCGAUGCGUUACAGUGGAGGCCGCAGCAUUCCCCCCCGCCGAAGCAGCGACUCGCGAAAAGGCAACACAUAUUGAAUAUCGACUGACGGUAUGCCCCGGACUCUGCCUAGGACUGUUUGCCCGUGAGGGCAAAAGCAGCCCAGGACGGAUCAUCCGACAAGGGACCACCCUGGUCUACAACCCAUCCGAAACUUCGAGUCGCGAUGACCUCAUCGCACACACAAUUUCCACCAAGUCGGUCUCUUCUGUUGUAACAGACGAGGACAUGGCUGUUCCAUCUGCGUGGAAGACAGACCCGACCGCUACAUACGACAUGGGACACCGACCUGAAGGCAAAACUAUAACUUUGCAUUCACUGGCUGUUGCGCCCAAUUUUCAGAAAUUGGGUUACGGCAAAACCCUCAUGGCAUAUUAUAUCGAGCACAUGAUGGAAACGGCACAGGCAGAGAGAAUUUCCAUUCUCACUUAUGACAGACUGGUCUCGUACUAUGAAAAGCUGGGCUUUACGCAUUAUGGCAAGAGCCAAUCCGAGUAUGCUGGAGUGGCUUGGCACGAUUUGGUAUGGUAG